CCCGUCGGAACGCGACGAGGGGCCUUUUUUCGCCGCGUUUUUCGUUGUUCUCAAGUUGCGCAGUAUCGCUCGCGCUUGCCCUUCACAGCAGAUUGUCUAUUUGUGUGAAAGAAUCUCGUGAGAGAAAGAGAGAGAGAGAGAGAGAGAGAAAGAGGAGAGAGUGAACCACGUGAAUCAUAAGCGACAGUUUUGCGGCAAUGGCGAUGACGAAGUUAAGUCUGGCGCCGAAGACCAUCAAGUACUUGAUGUUCAUUUUCAACCUGUUCUUUGUGAUUACAGGAAUAGUGUUAUUAUCCAUCGGCGCGGUCAUCCAUGGAGUGUACCAUCAGUAUCAACACUUCCUUGAUAACAGCUUCUUUUCCGUACCUUCUCUUCUCGUAGCCGUGGGCUCCAUCAUAUUUAUCAUCGCUUUCUUCGGAUGCUGCGGAGCCGUUCGCGAAAGUUAUUGCAUGGUUACAACGUUCUGCGUACUUUUGGCUGCGAUUUUUUUGCUGGAGAUCAUAGGCGGCAUAAUGGGAUAUGUGAUGAGGACGCAGGUUGCGAUGAUCGCUCAGCAAAAAAUGCUCGACACGAUGCCCCAAUACAACAAUAGCCAUGAGAUUCAAGCCGUCUGGGAUAAUCUACAGAAAGACUUCCAUUGCUGUGGUACGAUCAAUGCCACCGACUGGUUGACGAUUGCCACGAAUCUGUCAGGUAUUCCGAUGUCGUGCUGUGAUAAUAUGAUAGGUGCUGUCGGCACGUCGAACUGCACCCUAUCAUCGGAGAGUCUGCAUAAGGUUGGCUGUAUAAACGCCUUCGCGACAUUCGCAGAGAGACACGCGGCGAAGAUAGCAGGUGUUGGAAUAAGUCUCGGUGUAAUUCAGCUGAUAGGAAUCCUCUUGUCGUCCUACUUGGCUAAAUCGAUCAAGAAUUGUUACCAGACUAUGUAG